AUGUUUAAAUCUUUGUUUAAUUCUUGGAUUACUCAAGCCAGCUGUCAAGAGGGGGCUGGUUAUUUAAAACGGGCGGACACCGAGCGACUACAUGAAAUCUUCUUAAAGUACGCCACCGUCGAAAAGAACGGUGAAAAGUGCAUCACUAGUGAGGAUUUUGUUAGAAAAUAUUUAGGAUUAUUCGAUGAAGAUGACUACAACAAGGAGUCAGUCAAGCUCAUCGCGGGCAUUGUGGACAUGGACAAAGACGGGUACAUCUCGUUCUCCGAGUUCCAAGCCUUCGAGGGUUUGCUCUGCGUGCCGGACGCACUAUAUAAGACCGCCUUCCAACUAUUCGACACUAAUGGCAAUGGACUCGUCGCUUUCGACGAGUUUGCGGAAGUCAUGCGGAAGACAGUCCUCCACAAGAAGUUGCCUUUCAACAUGGAGAGCACGUUCGUGCGUCUCUACUUCGGCAAGGAUAAGAAGCGUCUAGUGACGUAUCCGGAGUUCAGCCAGUUCCUGCACGACUUCCACGAGGAGUACGGAGUGGAGGCGUUCAAAAAAUGUGACAAAGACGGCACCGGAUUCAUAACCGUUAGCGACUUCAGGGAUAUUAUGCUGAGUGUUAAGAACCACCUGCUGACCAAGGACUUGAUGACCAAAGUUCUCAAUGCAUCGGGCUUCCCACAAGGUGAGAGAAAGAUAAGCUUCCCAUACUACAUGGCCUUCAAUUCGCUCUUGAACAAUAUGGAGCUUAUAAAGCGGGUAUAUUUGAACGCGACCAAUGGACACCGAACGCAGGAAGUCACCAAAGAGGAGUUCCUGCAUUCAGCACAAAUGAUGAGCCAAAUAACUCCACUCGAAGUGGACAUACUGUUCACACUGUGCGACAUGAUACAUCACACUAAUGGCCGUAUCGUCUACAAUGAUCUCAAUUCAAUAACGCCGGAGCAGUACUUCAAGCAAGUUACACGCAGGAUCGCCGAAAUCAAAGCGGUCUCGAGUCCAGAAGAGCGAAGCGUCCUCAUACAAAUUCUGGAGAGCACGUACAGAUUCACGCUUGGUUCCAUCGCUGGUGCCGUCGGUGCAUCAGCAGUGUAUCCUAUAGACUUGGUGAAGACACGUAUGCAGAACCAACGCACGGGCUCGUUCAUUGGCGAGGUGGCGUACAGGAACUCAUGGGACUGCUUCAAGAAGGUCAUCAGGCACGAGGGUAUCUUCGGCCUCUACAGGGGUCUAGUGCCACAACUGAUCGGUGUCGCGCCGGAGAAAGCCAUUAAGCUCACGGUAAAUGACCUCGUCCGCGACAAAAUGAUGGAUAAAAAGGGCAAUAUUCCACUAUAUGCCGAAAUUAUUGCCGGAGGUUGUGCCGGUGGUUCCCAAGUGGUGUUCACAAAUCCCUUGGAGAUAGUGAAGAUUCGUCUGCAAGUCGCCGGUGAGAUUGCGGGCGGGGGCAAAGUCCGGGCCUGGUCAGUGGUCAAGGACCUGGGUCUCUUCGGUCUGUACAAAGGGGCUAAAGCUUGUCUAUUGCGGGAUGUGCCCUUCAGUGCCAUAUACUUCCCGGCAUAUGCUCAUGUUAAGGCUAAAUUUGCCGAUGAGAACGGAUACAACCAUCCUUUGACCUUGCUAGCGGCUGGUGCGAUCGCUGGUAUCCCAGCGGCUUCCCUCGUCACGCCGGCCGAUGUGAUAAAGACGCGUUUGCAGGUGGUAGCUAGAUCAGGCCAAACGACUUACAAUGGCGUUAUAGACGCAACUAGGAAAAUUUACGCAGAAGAAGGUGCUAGAGCUUUCUGGAAGGGAGCUAUAGCCCGUGUGUUCCGUUCCUCGCCGCAAUUCGGUGUGACGCUCGUGACAUAUGAAAUUCUUCAGCGUCUAUUCUACGUUGAUUUUGGAGGAUCACGUCCAACGGGAUCAGAGCUGCACGUAGCUACUCCAAUAGAGGAGACGAAGAAGAAGGCAGACCACAUCGGUGGCUACCAGGUCGCAAUACCAGUACUCACUGGACUGGAGACCAAGUUUGGUAUCUCCUUACCUAGGUUCUCCAUACCAAAACCACAAUAA